UUUUUUUUAUUCUGAUUUGUCGGUCUCGCCAUGCCUUUCCUCGCAAAGGACACCGUGCCAAUUCCUACAAAGGAUAUCCUCUCCUGGGCGUGUGAAGGCCCAGAGUACGAUCAAGACGCACCUCUCUACAUCGACGCCGCAAACCCAUCCACCACCCUCUCCGCCCGCCAAACAAAGUCCCUCGUCCGCCAUCUCAUCGCGGGGUUUCGCGCCGCCGGCCUCCACAAAGGCGACACGGUCUUGAUCCACUCCUUCAACAGCAUUUACUAUCCUGUCAUUGUCCUGGGUAUUAUCGGCGCAGGAUGCAUAUAUACGGGGACGAAUCCGUCGUACACGCCUGCAGAGCUGGAACACGCGAUCCGCGCUUCGGAGGCGAAGUUCAUCCUGAGUGAGCCGGAGUUGCUGCCCGCGCUGAGGGUGGCGGCGAGGCAGCUCCGUCUCCCGGAUGGGAGGAUUCACAUCUUGGAUUCGACGUCCAAGGCCGACCAGACGAGCCCUACACCCGCGGAGUACUCACCAUGGCGGUCUCUCCUCUCCCACGGCGCCGCGGACUGGGCCACCUUCGACGACGAGCAAACCAGCAAGACAACCACCGCCAUGCUCUGCUUCUCGAGCGGGACCACGGGCCUGCCCAAAGCCGCGCAAAUAUCCCACUACAACCUGGUAGCCCAGCACACCCUCGCCUUCGAGCACAACCCCCGCCCGUACAGCAUAAAGCGCCUCGUCUUCCUCCCCAUGUUCCACGUCUCCACCGCGCCCAUGUGCCACACGUCCCCCCUCCGCGCCGGCCACGCGCAGGUCAUCAUGCGCCGCUGGGACGUGGAUGCCGUACUAUCCCACGUCCCGGCCUUCGGCAUCACAGACCUAGUCCUCGUGCCGCCCAUGAUCACGGCGCUGGUAUCGCACGCGCUGCCGGCGCGAGAGAAGCGCCAACGCCUCAAAGGCCUAAGAUGGGCCAUCGCGGGCGCCGCGCCCCUCGACGCCGCCAUGCAGGCGCGCUGCCAGACGCUCUUGCCUCGCGGCAUCCUCACGCAGAUCUGGGCCAUGACGGAGACGACGUGCCUGGCGUCCGUGUUUCCCUACGGCGAGCCCGACGCCACGGGCUCCGUCGGCCGCUUCCUGCCCAACCUCGACGUCAAGCUGCUCGACGGCGCAGGCGCAGACAUCACCGCGUACGGCGUGCGCGGCGAGCUGGCGGUCCGCGGGCCCACUGUGUUCAGGGGUUACGUGGGCGUGCCGCGCGCCCGGGACUUUGACGCAGAGGGGUACUUCCGCACGGGGGACAUCGUUUGGGGUGACGCCGCGACGGGGAAGUGGUAUGUCGUGGACCGGGUGAAGGAGCUGAUCAAGGUGCGCGGGUUCCAAGUUGCGCCGGCGGAACUCGAGGGUGUGCUCCUUUCGCACCCGGGCAUCCUCGAUGCGGCGGUUGUCGGGGUACCGAGUCCCGAGACGGGGAGCGAGUUGCCGCGGGCGUAUGUGGUGAGAAGAGUGGGGUGGGAGGAUGUGAGCGAGGGGGAUGUGGCGGAGUGGGUGCAGGAGAGACUGGCGAAGUACAAGAGGUUAGAGGGGGGUGUGAGGUUUGUCAGGGCGGGGGAGAUUCCUAAGACUGCGAGCGGGAAAAUUAAGAAGCAGGAGCUCAGGGAGAUGGCGGGGAGGGAGAUAGGGGCGAAGCUGUGA